CGAGGUAGUGUGUGCAUGAAUAAGCACUAUUUGGCAUUCAUCCCAGUCCCAGCAUUGCAAUUUGCAACCACAUUACUCGGAGAAGAGCUCCACCUACGUCUCCUGAUUCUUCAACCCCUCAAUUCAUUCACUCCCCUUAUCUCUCUGCAACACACACAUACAAAAGCAUUUUCAGUCUCCCCUUUACUCUUACCGCCACUUGUCCACUUCAAUCAGGCAUCAAGCUUCUGAUUCUCGGCCGCUCCUCAUUUCACUCUAUCCACUCAAUUCUCUCUAGCCUUGACAACAGUGACACCCACAGCUCCGUAAUACUACAAUCAUAUUGUCCUUUUGCGUAUUGCUUGGAGGUGCAACCCUGAUUGAUUGGCGCUGUUACCUUUUUUCUGCCUCUAUCAAUUCUUAUCCGUCUGCCAGGGAGUAUGGCCAUGCUGGCGCAGCAUCAUAGACAGGGAGAAACCAUAAAUACGCAUCUGGAUUCCGGCAAGUAUGUAAGGUACACGGCUCGACAGGUGGAGGCCUUGGAGAGGGUUUACUCCGACUGCCCUAAGCCCACCUCCCUGCGCCGCCAGCAGCUCAUCAGGGAAUGCCCCAUUCUCUGCAACAUUGACUCCAAACAGAUCAAAGUCUGGUUCCAGAACCGCAGGUGUCGACAGAAGCAGCGGAAUGAAUCCACCAGGCUUCAGAGUGUCAACACAAAAUUGAGUGCCAUGAAUAAGCUAUUGAUGGAGGAAAACGAUCGUCUGCAGAAGCAGGUUUCUCAGCUGGUUUGCGAGAAUGGGUAUAUGCGCCAACACUUGCAAACUGCAUCUGUACCGACCACUGAUGCAAGUUCUGAGUCAGCGGCCACGACCCCACAGCAUUCUCUUAGAGAUGCUAACAAUCCUGCUGGACUCCUCUCUAUUGCUGAGGAGACCUUGGCGGAGUUCCUCUCAAAGGCUACAGGAACUGCUGUUGAUUGGGUCCAGAUGCCUGGGAUGAAGCCUGGUCCGGAUUCGGUUGGAAUAUUUUCUAUCUCGCAGCGUCGGGGUGGAGUGGCAGCUCGAGCUUGUGGUCUUGUUAAUUCGAUGCCUUCCAAGAUUGCUGAGAUCCUUAAAGAUCGUCCAUCUUGGUUUCGUGACUGUCGAAGCCAAGAGAUUUUCACUAUGUUUCCUGCUGGAAAUGGAGGGACCAUCGAGCUCUUACAUACACAGACAUAUGCACCGACUACUCUGGCUCCAGCUCGUGAUUUUUGGACUCUAAGAUACACAACCUCAUUGGAGAAUGGUAGCCUCGUGGUAUGUGAGACAUCACUUUCUGGUACUGGGGCUGGGCCAUCUGCAGCUGCUGCAUCACAAUUUAUCAGAGCUGAAAUGCUUCCAUCUGGAUAUUUGAUUCGGCCUUGUGAGGAUGGAGGGUCAAUUAUGCACAUCGUAGAUCACCUUAAUCUCCAGGCAUGGAGCGUGCCAGAGGUAUUGCGGCCGCUUUAUGAAUCAUCAAAAGUUGUGGCGCAGAAAAUGACAAUCUCGGCGCUAAGAUAUGUUCGGCAGAUAGCCCAGGAGACAAGUGGGGAAGUAGUAUAUGGUCUCGGUCGGCAGCCUGCUGUUUUGCGGACCUUCACCCAGAGAUUAAGCAGAGGCUUUAAUGAUGCUAUUAACGGAUUCAAUGAUGACGGGUGGUCGAUAUUAAAUUCUGAUGAUGCUGAAGAUGUAGUAGUUGCCACUAAUUCAGCCAAGAAUCUAACUGCUGCAAGUGUUCUCUGUGUAAAAGCAUCUAUGCUGCUUCAGAAUGUCCCUCCAGCAGUGCUAAUUUGCUUUUUGAGGGAGCAUCGAUCAGAGUGGGCGGACUUCAAUGUUGAUGCCUAUGCUGCCAUGUCAUUGAAGUCACACGCGGCGGCGGAUAGGAGAACUGACGCGGCGACGGCGGUUCCGGAGAUCGACAACGACAAUGAAUCUCCGGAGACGGAUUCUGGAGCCGGUGCCGGAGCCUGA